AAAUGCGUGCGAUGGUUCUGUCUCUUCUGGGGCUUCCAUUACUACCGACACCAGUGUCUGAACAUUGAGCUCUGGAAUUGGUUCUUAGUAUUGAGGUAUAGCACCUAAUGAAACAAACAGCAGCAUUGCUUGCUGCAGUUUGAUUACAUUUCUGAUGUAUGUGUUUUUACAGAGAGCUUGAAAUGUAGCUUUAACUUUGCAUGGGGCAGGAGCAUAUCUGUUAUGCAUGCAUUCCAUUUACUGUAACUCCCUGCAUGCUCCCUGUAACCUGAUUUAAUGACACCAAGCUAUGCACUUGUCAGCAUUCCUGAGGUUCUCUUAUGUAUACACUCUCACAUGUCAAGUGCAUUGCUAAGAUCAUGAUUCAUUUAUUAACCAGCCGGGCGAUGACAUCCAUCUUACUGCUUUGAGGGUAAAUCUAAUAAUGUUGUUUUGUCUUUAUUACAUCACUAUUACGCACUGGGAAAUCUUUGUAUUGUUAUGGUGCCCAUACUGGGUUUGACACUUGAUUCUGUGCUAUUAGAAUAUAUAUUUGGGAAUUUGAAUGCUUCAAACAUACAUGCCCGGGGUGCACCACUCCUGUCCUCAACGGACACAGUUUGGUAUUCCUUCUUUCAGUCAGACACUUCACUCAGACACUUAUUGACACAUGGGUAACCAGGUGCAUGGACCUUGAGGGGCUGAUUUGUGCACCCCUGAUAAAAAUAUGAAUACAUACCCUUUGAUAGUGGAUUAAAGUCACAAUCUGUAUUAUUUCCAACUCUUGAUUGGCAAUUUCAACAAUAGCAAUAAUUUCAACACGGUUUUUGAACCAUAUGACUUAUAAAUACCUUAAAGAGAUUCCCACAAUCAUAACAAAAUAAACAAAGGACAUAUUACUUCAUUGUGUUGUGUAUUACAUUGUGUAUCAUCCCUGUAUUCAUCCGUACUUCUCUUAAAGCUGCCUGAGUGCCACCACACGUUUGCCCAUUGCUGGUGCUGCUGAAACUCACGGGAUGACAAUAAGCGACGUUAGAGAGCUUCAGUCGUCGUUGAAAACUUUGAAAAGUACAAUAGAAGUAAGACUACAGCUAAUGAAUAUCCUGUUGUCCUGGUAUGGUGUGUUUGGUGUGAAAUUAGGGUAAAGGGGGAGUUUUCAAAGGACUAGUAACAUGUGUGUGACAUUGAAGGAUAAGAAAAAAUGUAUUCAUACAACUGUGGUUUUCUUUCUUGUCAGGAAUCAGAUGCCUGUUUGUAUGCUCCUACCAACGAUGACAUCUACAAUGUAAGUUGUUGUAGCAAUAUGCAAUAAGUAGAACACAAUAAUGUCACUUAAGGGGCGUCAUGGAAAAAAAAGGGUCCGGUGUUAGAAAUGCCAGGGCCAAUUUUUGGUCCCAGUCCACCCCUGUUUGCAAUGCCACUUUUAUAGAUUUCCAGUUCAAUGUUUUAUAUAUAUAACACAUACUGUGGUUCUGUUCUUUCCCCAGGACAACUGCAUCUUUAAGUUCAUGCACUGUUAUUUAUUGGAGUUGGAGGUUAUCCUGAUCGAGGACAUGCAGGUCACAGUUGACUACCAUGAGGAAACAAAGACAAAUAUCUACCAUCUGAAAAAAAAAUUGGAAGAACACCAAUAUGUAAGUCAACCUUUAAAUAAGUUCAGAAGUUUAUCCCAAAUAUGUAUGGUACAGCAGCAAUCUAGUGUUGUGAAAAGUCCUGACGGUCCGUACUCCCAAUUGUUCAACAACAUUACAUUUUUGAUUGGCAUUCAUUUGAUUGGCAUUCAUUUGAUUGGCAUUCGUUUGAUUGGCAUUCAAAAUACUGCUGCUGCUAAUGUCACUUUCCAAUGAAUAUUGUGUUGAUCUAAAUGUAAAAUUGUAUUGCUUCUCUUUUCCCUGUAUUUACAGAACCGUUCUAGCUGCUCACCGUGUGAGGCACAGAGAGUCGCCAACACUACAAUAUUCCUUCAGAACCUGGAGGACCUUUUGAAGAGAAUAGGGAAUACUGUCAGUUGAAUACACUGUAAUAUAUUGUAAAUAUGUGAUUGUAGUUUUUCAUAAAUAACGUAGCAAAAAAAUGUAAUAUGUGUGUUAUUCUACCUUUGGUCAUGACAGUAAGUGAAGAAAUUAGCAGAGUGACAGCUAGUGCUCGUGUCCAAAUGUAUAUUACCUCUCAGUUUAAGUGUAAUUGUAGAUAGCUGUUUAUAUUUUUGUAUAUAAUCGAAUAUAAUACCUUUUCUAUCUGUAUUUCUGUCAUAUUUAUUGACACAUUUAUUGAAAUGCCUUUUUGGAGCUUUACAUGUUUUGUUUGUUUUUUAAAUCUUCCAAGUCAUAUGCACACUAACAGUCCCUAACUAACUUCCCUUGAACAGUUGUCGUCAGUAUGUCAAAAUUGCACAUCUUGAAUCAAAAUAAAAUCCCAGAAAACAUAGAAACAUGUUGAUUUGAUCAUUUCAUAGAAUAUGGGUGCCUGGCAGAAGUUCAAAUAGGGACAUGAAGUGAGACUGUUCCUCAAAGAAACAGGAAGCUCUGCCCUGCUCAAUUUCCUGAUACUGUAGCAGUACAACUUUCUGGCACACAUCCAUUUUCUAAUAGUUCAGUUCUUU